CUCCGUUUCAGUCAUAUAUCAUUGCAAUUUCACGAGUAUUUAGCGACUGCAUCAACAGUGAUCCAUAAAUUACACAAAUUUUUAGUCAUCAAAAUGAUAACUAGCUUAAAAUUUUCAACUUUAAAAGAAAUCCCCAGAUUUACAUUGCUAAAUGAGAAAAGUGUCGGCACGCCAGAGGAAGGAACCUUUCAAGGAACAAGUAUCAUUAGCUGUGUCCAUAUAAGAAUUCCCAAAAGCAAAUGCUCCUACUUAAAGAAAAUAAUCAAACCCGGGCAGAUGUUUAAUAAGCAACGUUCAUGUUCUUGAACAAAAGAAGAUGCUGAAUUGUCUAAUAAAGUUCGAAUUUCCACCUCUCUUUCACACUCUAUAUACAAUUUUAAAAGUGACAUUCGAAUAAUAAGAAUGCUGCCAACAAAUACAUGCUCGUCCUUUUAUAAAGCAAUGCAGGCAUAUAUGCCGUUAAAAAAGGGGCGAGUAUUGGAUUCUUAUUGCACUUUCAUCACACUAUAUAAUGCUUCUUCUUCUCACCCUUAAUCUGUUUCUCAUAGAAGUUCUAUCCUUUCCUACUGGACUUUGGAGCCAUCAUGCAAGCACAAAAGGUGGUUGGAUCAAGCAAGACUGUGAAGGUAGGCCCUUGGGGAGGCCAUGGUGGAAUUGAAUGGGACGAUGGAAUCCAUACAGGAAUCAGGGGGAUCACACUGAUCCAUGAUCGAUGCAUCGAUUCAAUCCAGGUUGAGUAUGAUCAUAAUGGAAAGCCUUUUCUGGGAGAAAAGCAUGGAGGGCUUGGCGGCAGUGUCACCACAAAAAUUAAGCUUUUGUAUCCUGAUGAAUACUUGACUGCAGUGAGCGGGCAUUCCUGCCCAGUUGUAUAUGGUGGUUCUCCAGUUAUAAGGUCACUCACAUUCAAGAGCAAUUUGAGGACUCUUGGACCAUUUGGGGUUGAGGAUGGAACCCCAUUUUCAUUGCCUACGGUUGGAGGAAUGAUCGUUGGGUUCAAUGGGAAAGGUGGGUGGUACCUCGAUUCAAUUGGCUGCCGCAUCUCAGCAACUCGCAGUGUGAAGAUGUAUGAGACGUUGCAGAAGAAGCUCGUAAAGUUUGGUACCAUGGCAACCAAACCUUUUGCAACUGCUAAAUCCUAAAAGAAUAAUGCACAAGGGAUGGCUCUUUGAAUGCCACUCAAAUAUGAGCGAGAGAGUAAUAUUUUAUAGCAUGAUGACUAUUCCUUUUUUCUGUGA